AUGGAACAUUUAAAAACAUUACGUGUCAAGCGAGGUAGCUUAGAAGCGCGACUAUCAAAUUUUCAGGUAUACGUUGAAAAAUGCAUGACACAAAUCGAUUCAAUAGACGAUAGAGUCUUAAAAAACAGACUUUCGGAUAUUGAAAGUCUACUCGCGGAAUUUUCGGAGCUUCAGGUAGGCAUUGAAUGCUCGGUGAAAAAAGAAGACUUACAAGGCGAGUAUGACAAGCGCAAGGCAUUUGAAAACGACUUUUAUUCAAUUAUUUCAAAAGCGCAAGGUCUUGUCAAGGAAAAUAGUACAGAUAAUGUAGGUUCAGCCUCGGUUUCCAAUCCAGAAAAUAGCAGAUUCCCUAGCUCAUCAGAAGUACGAUUACCGGCCCUAAAUCUGCUAAUAUAUUCAGGAGAGGCAGGUGAAGGGCUCCAGUUUCGCGAUAGCUUUGAUAGCUUGAUAAAUAGCAACCUUUCCAUUAGUAAUGUACAGAAAUUUCACUAUCUAAAGAGAGCUUUGAAGGGUGAAGCAUUUGAAGUUAUCGCCAAUAUCCAGGUCACACAUGACAAUUUUCCGAUAGCUUGGGAUUUAUUGUGUGACCAAUAUACUGACAACAGGGCAUUGUUGCAUGUACAUACCAAGGCCUUAUUCGAUAUUCAUCCUGUAAAAAAGGAAUCUUUAAAGAGUUUAAGCCACUUGGUAGAUCAUGUGAGGAUGCAUUUAAGGUCUUUAAAGUCAUUAGGACAGCCUACAGAAUCAUGGGAUACUUUAAUUAUAUAUUUGGUAUUCACUAAACUUGAUCCAGUGACAAUUAGAGAAUGGGAAUCAAAGGAUUUCAUGAAUGAUACUCCUAAGUUGGAAGCUUUUCUCACAUUUUUGAAACAAAAGGCAAAAAUGCUCAAAAGAAUGGAGGAAAAACAUACAGAGGCAAAUUCAAGCCAAAACGUAAAGGGAAAAACUUCUAAACCACCAGCAGAGUCUAGUAAUAGAUCUAAUUCUCAUGUUCAGAGAAGUUAUCACAUCUCAGAUCGUACUUGUGCAUCAUGCGAUGCUCCAAAUCAUAAAAUUUAUACAUGUACAAAGUUUCUAAGGUUGUCUGUGCCUGAACGGACCGAUUUAGUCAAAAAAUCCAAUUUGUGCAUUAACUGUCUAAAUCGGGGGCAUCAGGUAAACAAUUGUAACUUUGGUCAUUGCAAAAAUUGUACUGUUAAGCAUCAUUCUCUGUUGCACGUUUCCGAACCUUCUACAUCUAACACCAAUGCGCAACAGUUUCUAUUUACAUUUAAUUAA